GUUUUAUAUGAAACAGGUUGCUUCGACGAUGUUUAUGAGAUAACAGGAGAAGUUUCUCAGAAGAUAAGAGACUCACUUGAAUUUCCACAAACUGGACCAAUUGGUUGCGACAAGUUCGACUCAGAUGAAAAGAUAUACUAUGUCGACCUUAACGCUGCAUACAUGAGGUUUGUCCAAUAUAUUCCGACUGGAAUUCCAAACGAAGAUGGUGAGUUCCCGGGAAGGAACUAUACAGUUGGAAAAGUCAUACAACAACUGUAUGAUAUUAGGAAAGCUUCAAACCCCAAACUUGCAAUGACACUCAAAUUGCUUAUGAAUUCGACAUGGGGAUAUUCCAUUAAGAAACCUCAAGAGAUGAAGAGUAAACAUUCUGAGAAGGUCGACAACUUUGUUGAAAGGUUUUCUCCUUUUGUUUUGAAGUACGAAUUCACUCAAGGUCAAAGUGGCUUAGUAACCACAUUAAAACCUAUUGUCGAACAUUGGUCUUACCCUCAGUUCGCAAAGGCAGUACUUGACAACUACAACAAAUUCUUCUCCGAAGUCAAAUCCAAAGUGAAGGUUUACUAUGAGAACAUUGACGCACUCAUGACGAACGAAGAAGGAUACAACAAACUCAUUGAAAUGGGAAUGGCCGGUGAAAAGAUGGGUCAAUUCAAAUUGGACAAAUUUUUCACCGAAGUUCAUGUCCUCUCCAAGCGUAAGUACUGGGGUGUUAAAGAAGAUGGUGAAAUAGUUAAACAUUGCAUGAAAUAA